CUCUCCCAAGAAAAAAAAAUACCUCUCUAGCAAUGCACACCAAACUGAGCAUGUUCAACUUGCCCCCAAGGCUCUGUUCUAUCAGCAGAUGAAUUGGGGACAGUAGAAGAAGGGGAGGAUAAGAGAAAACUGGAUCAAACCACCUUUUUACAUAAUGCGGAUGAUUAACCCCUUAGGUUCCACAGUGAGUAUAACAAGCAUGCUUUACUGCCAGGGGCGGACUGACAACUCAUGGGGCCCCCGGGCAAUAGGGGAUCAUGGGGCCCCUGUGUUCUUGCCCAAACUCAAAAAACCU